AUGGAAAACACCACCACAACCAGCACCACCCACCCCAUCCCCAUCCUCCCCACCGCCGACCCCGACCUCCCCCCCUCAGACCUCGAAAAACAACCCCCCCAACCACCAGCGCCCACCGCGCCCAAACUCUCCGCCUUCCGCUCCCUCGGCCUCCUCGACCGCUUCCUCGCCCUCUGGAUCCUCCUCGCCAUGACCACCGGCAUCCUCCUCGGCACCUUCGUCCCCAGCACGGGCCCCGCCCUGCAAAAGGGCAGCUUCGCCGGCGUCUCCCUCCCCAUCGCCCUCGGCCUCCUCGCCAUGAUGUACCCCAUCCUGUGCAAAGUGCGCUUCGAAUCCCUCCACCUCGCCUUCGCCGACAGGUCCAUCUGGACCCAGAUCGGCGUGUCCGUCCUCCUGAACUGGAUCCUCGCCCCCUUCCUCAUGCUCGCGCUCGCGUGGGCGUUCCUGCCCGACAAGCAGGGGCUGCGGCAGGGGCUGGUGCUCGUGGGGCUCGCGCGCUGCAUCGCCAUGGUGCUCGUCUGGACGGGUCUCGCGGGCGGCGACACCGAGUUCUGCGCCCUGCUCGUGGCGCUCAAUUCCCUGCUGCAGAUGGUGCUGUAUGCGCCGCUGGCCGUGCUGUUCGUCGACGUCGUCGGCGGGGCGGGCGAGGCGAAGAAGGUGUCGUACGCGACGGUCGCGACGAGCGUGGCCGUCUUCCUGGGCAUCCCGCUCGGCGCGGCCGUCGUGACGAGGUUGGCGCUCCGGAGGCGAGCCAGCCCGGACUGGUUCGAUGGGACGUUUUUGAAGUAUCUGAACCCGUGGUCCCUGAUCGGUCUCCUCUUUACGAUUCUCGUGCUCUUCGCGUCCCAGGGCCACCGCGUCGUGCACCAGAUCGUCUCCGUGGUCCGCGUCGCCGCGCCCCUGGUGGUGUAUUUCGGCGUCGUGUUCUUCUUCACGCUGCUCCUGAUGCACCGGCUGGGUUUCGGGUACAGGGUGUCGGCGACGCAGAGUUUCACGGCCGCGAGCAACAAUUUCGAACUGGCGAUUGCGGUGGCGGUGGCGACGUUUGGGGCCGAUAGCGACCAGGCGCUCGCGAGUACGGUGGGGCCGUUGAUCGAGGUGCCGGUGCUUUUGGGGCUCGUCGCCGCACAAGAGUAUAAGAGGAAACACCUUCGCCUAAAACGGGAGACUUCAGGAAUUAUGCCACAGCAGCUGACACGGUAUCCGGGUCAUGGAUCGAAACAUCAUGUGGUGCGAAUUCCGUCGCAGUUCUCACUUCCCGACUCUUAA